AGUCUGAAUAUGCUAUCCUUUCUCCUUGCAGAUUACUUUGUGAAAAAAUGUGGCGUGCUUAUGAUGGCCCUGUUUGUUUUCUUCACAACAACCAUGUCGGUUUCCUUUACUCUUAGGGAGACACAGACACGCAUGCUUAAAUUCACAGUGCAGCUUCAACACCAUGCUCGGCAUCAGCUUCCAACUUUUCAGUUGAUCUUUGUGCAUGUCAUUGAGUCACUAGUCUUUGUACCGAUAAUGAUCGGCAUACUGUUUUUCCUGUUCGAGUUUUAUGAUGAUCAGCUGCUUGCCUUCAUGGUCUUAAUUAUUGUAUGGCUCUGUGAACUGUUCACUUUGAUCAGUGUCCGGACACCAAUAUCAAUGAAGUUCUUCCCUCGCUUCUUCUUGCUCUAUUUUCUGGUGUUCCACAUCUAUUUCUUUUCGUAUGCUUAUGGUUUUUCCUAUUUAGCUUUCUCUGCAACAGCAGCAUUCAUGCAACACCUCAUCCUAUACUUCUGGAACCGCUUUGAGGUACCAGCUCUACAAAGAUUUUUGCAGAAUCGCCGAUCUCAGCUUCAGCAGCCUCCAGAUUUCCAUAUCACCUCUUCUACGAUCCUAGCCUCAACAUUGCAUAUCACAAGAUUAAACACAAGGAACACAGGUGCAGUUCAUGGGGAUCCUAGUUCAUUACCUGCACAUAGACCUGGGCUGGAUGAAGCUAGGCUGCCAAAUGAUGCAACUGAACCAACUGAUAUUAACGACCUAGAUAGUGUUGGCAGUCCCUUACAAUUUCCUGAACAACCAGAUCCUCAACAAGCAGAAGCAAACACCAACCCCGGCUCACUUAAUUCGUUCAGUUCAAUGCUGCUGUGGAUCUUAGGUGGGGCAUCUUCUGAAGGCCUAAAUUCCUUUUUUUCCAUGUUCAGAGAUGUGAGAGACCAGGGCCAGGUUUUUGCAGAAUCUCCACGGCAGGAAAACCGAACAGGCCAGAGUAGAUGGAGGAGAUCAUAGGAGUUGAGGUUGUUCCAGGGGUGGUGAUUGUCUAGCCUGGUUCCUUGUGCCUGGUAACAUUUGGGCUCAGUUGGUACAUUAAGCAGUCUCCUGAAGGAAUAUUGCCCCAGAAGUGUUCAAACGGGCUGUGUAUAGCUGAUGUUGACGAAAAUUGCUUGGUUUGCAGUGAUGUAUCAUUACACCCGAAAAAAAAGAAGGAAAAAAGGGGGUAAGAAAUGCAGAAGUAAAUAAGGAGUGGAAGUGAUGUUUUUAUUCUCUUUCUUCUUGUUCUUCUCUCUCUCUCUCACGUGAAGUGAAAUACCAUUAGUAGUUGUGUAAUUGGUGUGUUAGCCGUUUUAUGUUAUUUCUUUUUCUUGGUUAUUUAUUUAUUUUUGUACCCAUCAUGACCCAUGGGAGUGAAUUUUCCUCCAGAAGCUCAGUUUGUUUUGAUGUAAAAUGCUCAGAAGAAAAAGAACAUAAAGAAUUUAGUUAUAGUCUCA